CUCUGAAACUGCAGCCCAGGGGAGGAAAUGGUACCCGGUAGAGUGUGACCCGGUAGGAGGAGGAAGGAGGCUGAGGUAUUGCAAUUUACUACUCCUCCCCACCCUCCCUCGAUGCUGCCUGCGUAGACAGAAAGCACAAUGAAUCCCUGGCUUAGUUCUCUCAGCCUCAGCCAGCAUCCGUCCCCUCCCCCGCCCCCCUUCUGCUAGUCGGAGGGGCUGAACCUGGAGAUGCUGCUGCCGCUGGGGCUACGUUGUAGAGUACUUCGCCCCAGCCUUUAGCCGUAGCAGAGAUGCCUCUUCCAACAGGGUGUGGGGCGAACCUACUCCCUAGCUUUCCGUAAAAUAAAUAAAGGGGGGGGGGCGCCGUGGCGGGACUGGGAGGAGGGGGGGAGGCUCAAGGGGAGAAGGAGACAGCUUUGUCACCUCAAAACCACCCCGACGGCAGCAGCAGUGAGAGCGGCAGUCCUUUUCGGAAAAUGUGCGCACCUCAGCAGCAUUGCAGUGGUAAAGCCACGGACUGACUGGCUGCCUGGAGGUUCCAGCUCCCAACUCGGCGUCACGGCAAGCUAGGGAGGGGAAGCCUCACCCCUCUGCCCGGCCCGGUCCGGCCCGGCUCUCCUGCUCGAUGCCUCGCCGCUGUCCUCCUCCUGCAUCCCUCGCUGGCAGCGAUUCCCCCCGCCCCCUCCCGCGGACAGCUCUCUCUCCCUCUGCAUUACGAGCUGUCUCCCCCACCCCCUGCAGCCGCGGUUCCUGCUGCAGGAGAGGCGGCCUGAGCCUCCAUCCCCGUCCCAGAAGGAGGACACCGCGGCUCUCUCGCUUCGGGGCUGGAACGGGCGCAGGGAGCCUCUGGGGACGCUGGAUCGGGGGCGUCUCAACGCCACCGCGUAAAGGGUUCCUCGCCACUUGCUUGGGCUAAGGACCCAGCCUGCGCCUGAGCCCGCCCGGAUUGUCUUCGUGGUAGUGAAGCUCCCAGCCCGGGGGGAAGCGGAGAGAGAGAGGGAGGGAGGAAGAGAGGGAGGGAAGGCAGGGACUUUUUUUUGGUGGUGGUGGGGAGGGUGUUGGUGCUCUGAGCAGCGAAGUGUGAACUGGAGCUCCAGGGGAGGCGGGGACUGCAGCUCCGUAACCCGCCAUGGCUCAAGCCGCCAAACAGCUAAAGAAAAUUAAAGACAUCGAGGCUCAGGCCCUCCAGGAGCAGAAAGAAAAGGAAGAAUCCAACAGGAAACGGAGGAAUCGCUCUCGUGACCGAAAGAAAAAGGCCGAUGCUGCUACCAGUUUUCUGAGGGCAGCAAGAUCGGGGAACUUGGAUAAAGCUUUGGAUCAUCUGCGGAAUGGGGUAGAUAUUAACACCUGUAACCAGAAUGGGUUGAAUGGUUUACAUCUGGCUUCGAAAGAAGGCCAUGUGAAAAUGGUGGUUGAGCUUCUGCAUAAGGAAAUCGUUUUAGAAACAACAACGAAGAAGGGGAACACAGCCUUGCACAUUGCUGCCCUAGCAGGUCAGGAUGAAGUGGUCCGGGAACUUGUCAACUAUGGAGCAAAUGUCAAUGCACAGUCUCAGAAAGGCUUUACACCCCUUUACAUGGCAGCACAAGAAAAUCACUUGGAAGUUGUUAAAUUUCUGCUGGAAAAUGGAGCAAAUCAGAAUGUUGCAACAGAAGAUGGCUUCACACCAUUGGCCGUGGCACUACAGCAGGGCCAUGAGAACGUGGUGGCUCACCUGAUCAACUAUGGGACAAAGGGAAAGGUGCGUCUGCCUGCCCUUCACAUCGCAGCCCGGAAUGAUGACACGAGGACGGCUGCAGUCCUGCUCCAGAAUGACCCAAAUGCAGAUGUACUGUCCAAGACAGGAUUCACCCCGCUCCACAUAGCAGCCCACUAUGAGAACCUCAAUGUGGCCCAGUUAUUACUAAAUCGGGGAGCCAGUGUGAACUUUACUCCACAGAAUGGCAUAACUCCCCUGCACAUUGCUUCUCGGAGGGGGAACGUGAUCAUGGUACGACUCCUGCUGGAUCGAGGGGCUGAGAUAGAAACCAGGACCAAGGAUGAAUUGACUCCUCUCCACUGUGCAGCUAGAAAUGGGCAUGUGCGCAUCUCAGAGCUCCUGCUGGACCACGGGGCACCCAUCCAGGCCAAAACCAAGAAUGGCUUGUCCCCUAUCCACAUGGCAGCUCAGGGAGACCAUUUAGACUGUGUGCGGCUUCUGCUCCAAUACAAUGCAGAAAUAGAUGACAUCACCCUGGACCACCUCACGCCUCUCCACGUAGCGGCCCACUGUGGCCACCAUAGAGUGGCCAAGGUGCUUUUGGACAAAGGGGCCAAACCCAACUCCAGAGCCCUGAACGGCUUCACGCCCUUACACAUUGCCUGUAAGAAGAAUCACAUCCGCGUGAUGGAGUUGCUGCUGAAGACAGGAGCUUCCAUAGAUGCCGUCACAGAGUCUGGACUGACCCCACUACAUGUAGCAUCCUUCAUGGGGCACCUUCCCAUCGUGAAGAAUCUUCUGCAGCGGGGAGCAUCACCUAAUGUCUCCAAUGUGAAAGUGGAGACACCACUGCAUAUGGCAGCCAGAGCUGGACACACAGAAGUAGCCAAAUAUUUACUCCAGAACAAAGCCAAAGUUAAUGCCAAGGCCAAGGAUGACCAGACCCCACUUCACUGUGCAGCUCGUAUCGGCCAUACGAAUAUGGUGAAACUUCUCCUGGAAAAUAAUGCCAACCCCAACCUUGCCACGACUGCAGGACACACCCCUUUGCACAUCACAGCACGAGAGGGCCAUGUGGAAACAGCCUUGGCCCUACUAGAAAAGGAAGCUUCUCAGGCUUGCAUGACCAAGAAAGGAUUUACCCCUCUCCAUGUUGCUGCUAAAUAUGGAAAGGUAAAUGUGGCUGAGUUGCUGCUGGAGAGGGACGCCCAUCCAAACGCAGCUGGAAAAAAUGGCCUCACCCCUCUCCAUGUUGCCGUCCAUCACAAUAAUCUGGAGAUUGUGAAACUUCUACUCCCUCGAGGAGGCUCUCCACACAGCCCUGCUUGGAAUGGCUAUACCCCUCUACACAUAGCAGCCAAACAGAACCAGAUGGAGCUUGCCAGCAACCUGCUACAAUAUGGGGGGUCUGCAAAUGCUGAGUCCGUACAAGGUGUGACGCCCCUUCACCUUGCGGCCCAAGAGGGUCAUGCAGAAAUGGUCGCUCUGCUACUAUCAAAACAAGCCAACGGCAACCUCGGGAACAAGAGUGGCCUCACUCCUCUCCAUCUGGUGGCUCAAGAGGGCCAUGUUGCAGUAGCAGAUGUGCUCGUCAAACAGGGGGUCACAGUGGAUGCCACCACCCGGAUGGGCUAUACCCCAUUACACGUGGCCAGCCAUUAUGGAAACAUCAAGCUGGUAAAGUUCCUGCUCCAACACCAAGCCGACGUUAAUGCAAAGACCAAGCUAGGAUACACUCCAUUGCAUCAGGCAGCUCAGCAAGGACAUACAGACAUCGUGACCCUACUGCUGAAGAAUGGUGCUUCCCCCAACGAAGUCAGCUCGAAUGGAACCACUCCUUUGGCCAUUGCCAAGCGCCUCGGCUACAUUUCUGUAACGGAUGUCCUGAAAAUUGUCACAGAUGAGACCAGUGUUGUGCUAGUCAGCGACAAACACCGAAUGAGCUUCCCAGAGACAGUGGAUGAGAUUCUAGACGUCUCUGAAGAUGAAGGAACUGCUCAUGUAACUAUAAUGGGGGAGGAACUCAUGGGCUCCAAACCCGAGAGGCCGGAUUCCAGGGAUGCAGAUGAAGAGAAGGAGCUCUUGGACUUUGUACCCAAGCUAGAUCAAGUGGUGGAAUCUCCAGCCAUUCCCAGAAUUCCCUGCGUCACACCUGAGACAGUGGUGAUCAGGGCAGAAGAGCCAGAACAGGCAUCCAAAGAAUUUGAUGAAGAUUCCUUAAUUCCCAGCAGCCCCGCAACAGAGACCUCAGAUAAUAUUAGUCCCGUGGCCAGCCCAGUACACACAGGGUUCCUAGUGAGCUUCAUGGUUGAUGCUCGUGGGGGUUCCAUGAGAGGAAGUCGGCACAAUGGCCUUCGGGUCAUCAUCCCACCCCGAGCAUGUGCAGCUCCCACUCGGAUCACUUGCCGCCUGGUCAAGCCCCAAAAGCUAACCACACCGCCGCCCUUGGCUGAGGAAGAGGGUCUGGCCAGCAGGAUCAUUGCCCUGGGGCCAACAGGAGCCCAGUUCUUGAGCCCUGUGAUUGUGGAAAUCCCCCACUUCGCCUCCCACGGUCGAGGAGACCGAGAACUGGUAGUGCUGAGGAGUGAGAAUGGCUCUAUGUGGAAGGAGCACCGGAGCCGUUACGGAGAGAGCUACCUCGAUCAAGCCCUCAAUGGGAUGGAUGAAGAACUGGAGAGCUUGGAGGAGCUGGAGAAGAAGCGGGUUUGCAGGAUCGUCACCACAGACUUCCCCCUGUAUUUUGUGGUCAUGUCUCGCCUCUGCCAAGACUUUGAUAUGAUUGAGCCCGAAGGGGGGUCCCUGAAGAGCAAGCUGGUCCCCAUGGUGCAAGCAACCUUUCCUGAAACUGCUGUUACCAAGAAAGUCAAACUGGCUCUACAGGCUCAGCCUGUGCCAGACGAACUAGUCACCAAACUUUUGGGCAACCAGGCAACUUUCAGCCCAAUUGUGACCGUGGAACCCCGGCGGAGGAAGUUCCACCGCCCCAUAGGGCUCCGGAUCCCUCUCCCUCCCUCUUGGAAAGACAAUCCCCGGGACAGCGGGGAAGGGGACACCACAAGUCUCCGCCUGCUCUGCAGUGUCAUUGGAGGAAUAGCACAAGCCCAAUGGGAAGAUAUUACAGGAACUACCAAGCUGGUCUAUGCCAACGAAUGCGCCAACUUCACCACCAAUGUAUCGGCAAGGUUUUGGUUGUCAGACUGCCCGCGGACAGCUGAGGCUGUGGACUUUGCCACUUUGCUGUACAAAGAGCUGACUGCUGUGCCGUAUAUGGCCAAGUUUGUGGUGUUUGCCAAGAUGAACGACGCAAGAGAGGGACGGCUGCGCUGCUACUGUAUGACAGAUGAUAAAGUAGACAAGACCUUAGAGCAACAUGAAAACUUCAUUGAAGUAGCCCGGAGCAGAGAUAUUGAGGUACUAGAAGGAAUGCCCCUCUUUGCAGAGCUUUCUGGGAACCUGGUACCUGUCAAAAAAGCUGCUCAACAACGAAGCUUUCACUUCCAGUCUUUUCGUGAAAAUCGUCUUGCCAUACCUGUAAAGGUUAGGGACAGCAGUCGAGAAGCAGGGGGAUCUCUGUCAUUUCUUCGAAAGGCGAUGAAAUAUGAGGACUCCCAACAUAUUCUCUGCCAUCUGAACAUCACAAUGCCCCCGUGCACCAAGGGAAGUGGAGCUGAUGAAAGGAGAAGAACUUUAACUCCUCUGGCCCUGAGGGAAAGAUACAGCCUCCUCAGUGAAUCUACGCUGGGUUCUCUCAGUGGGACAGACAGGGCAGAUAUGAAGAUGGUGAUUAUAUCAGAGCACCUCGGGCUCAGCUGGGCAGAACUGGCUCGAGAGUUGCAGUUUGGUGUGGAAGACAUCAACAGGAUACGUGUGGAGAACCCCAACUCCUUGUUGGAACAGAGCUCAGCCCUGUUGAACCUCUGGGUCAUCCGCGAAGGCAAAAAUGCCAAGAUGGAAAAUCUUUACACGGCCCUGAGGAACAUUGACCGGAGUGAGAUCGUGAACAUGCUAGAAGGUUCUGGUCGGCAGAGUAGAAGCCUGAAACCAGACAGGCGGUAUCCUGACCGGGACUACUCUUUAUCUCCCUCCCAGAUGAAUGGUUACACCUCGCUGCAGGAUGAGCUGCUCUCCCCGGCCUCCUUGCACUACACGCUGCCCUCUCCCUUGCGUGUAGACCAAUAUUGGAACGAGGUGGCCAUCAUUGACGCCAUUCCCAUGGCCCCCACGGAGCACGAUGCCCUGAUGGAAAUGUCGGACAUGCAGGUGUGGUCCUCGGGCCUCACCCCUUCCCUGGUCACCGCUGAAGACUCCUCUCUGGAGUGUAGCAAGGCAGAGGACUCUGAUGCCACCGGAGAGUGGAGGCUGCCGGGGCCGCUCCUGGAAGACCCCCAGGGCCCUGACCAGCUGGGCUCUAUAGAGCUCGUGGAGGACGACACAGUGGAUUCAGAUGCCACAAAUGGCCUUAUCGAUUUGCUUGACCAGGAGGAAGGUCAGAGGUCAGAAGAGAAGCUGCCAGGUGGUGAGAGACAGGAUGAGUCAGCCGGCAAGGGACGGGAUUCAGAGCAUGAAGUGUCUCUUCUUUCAGGCCAGCAGAGAGUCCAAGCCCGAAUAACAGAGUCCCCCACUGUGAGUCGAGUGUUGGAGAAGAGCCAAGACAGAACAAAGGACUGGGACACAGAUGGCUCUAUCAUCUCCUUCCUGAAAGAUACUGCACAGACCUCUUGGCAAGAGGAGGUCACAGGGGGCCCACACUCAAUCCAGAGAACAAUGACCACAAUCUCCUCUAUAAAAGGCCUGGAACCCAGUGGGUCUCAGGAAUAUGAGAAGAUCCUGGCGCCCACAGUAGAGCACAUGCGAGUCGACUCAUUGGAACAGUCAGAGUCUGAGAGCCCCCUGAUGGAGAGAGAGCAGAGACACCCACCUGUCGUCAGCCAGGGCUAUGGAAAAUGGAUGGAAGAAGCUGAGAGUGCCUUCUCCAGGCUGGGCAAGGGGAACGAGCUUCAGGAUAUCCCGGGAGAGCACGUGACUGAAGAGCAAUUCACCGAUGAGCAGGGCAACAUAGUCACCAAGAAGAUCAUUCGCAAAGUGGUUCGGCAGAUAGACACAUCCGGGGACAGGGCCACCCAGGAGCUGGACGAGGCGGAGGUGAGAGGGAGUAGUACCCUGCAGUCGGAGCUGAUCGAGGGGAGGAAGGGGGCUCAGAUAGUGAAGCGAGCAAGCCUGAAAAGGGGGAAACAGUGACCUCCUGGCCCCUCCCUGUCCAACGGCCUCUUUGGAGGAUCACACCUCAACACCCAACCACUGAACUCCACACAAUUUGCCCUGCACACUGGAGGAGAGCCCCGCUCGUGGAGGGCAGCACAGCCGGCUGUACAUGUUUCUAUAGGCUAACGGCAUGAUUUCUGUAAGAGAUUUCCUUUAACUGUCCUAUUCGCAUGAACGACUGGCUGUAGACGCAUGACCUACAGUCCUCAAUCCUGUCUCUGGCAAUGGACCUCUGAUGGAAACCAGGAUGCAAGAGCGCUGAGAGAGAGAAAGAGAGAGGGAGAGAGGGAGAGAGUGGACAAGGGCUCGGUGUGGCCAGGGGUGGUGUUUUUAAAAAUCAUUUUGAUUUUGCCCAUUUGUGGGGCAGGGUUUGUUUUUCCCCCUCCAGCCUCAUCAAUACGAAAUCCACACGGACUUCCUGUAAAAAAUUAAAAUCAACCAGAAAAAACAAAACAGCAUCCAUGAAAUCAGCAUGAGCCCUCGUCCCUUCGAUCUCGAUUUUACCUGUUCCCCCUCCGUCUUCCAUUGAUAAGCAUCUCCCUGCGUGAUCACUUCCCACUCUUGGCAUCUCUCUCCUUCCCCUCCAGGAUAGCCAUCAACACAUGGUCACCUCUUCCAUGCUACAUAUACAUGCAUACAUGCAUACAUGCAUACAUACAUACAUACAUACAGAUUUUUACUGUGAAGUCUGAGAUUGUAGAGUAAUCUCCUGUGGAUAAACUGUAUCAUUUUUUCAUGUUGUCUCUCUCUGCCAGUUUCCGUUUUUAUCAUCUCUCAAUGGAAAACAAUGAUGAUUAGUGAGUUUGGGGUUAAGUGUCGGGGGCUCUAGAGGAGGGAACCCCGGGUUUGGCCGCAGGGUUCAAAGGGAGGCAGCUCCCCACCUGAUAGGGCUUUCUUUCUCAGUAGGUGACCCAGACAGGUGGCUGCCCCAGGACUGCACCAGCAUGUUCUAUAGAGAAGAGGUUUUCUAUUUCUUCAAGCACUUAUCUCAUAGUUUGUGUUCAAAGUGUAAACUGUACAGUAAUCAGCCUUGUGUAUAUGAAAAAUAAUAAUAAUAAUAAUAAUAAAUACUAUGCAAACCAAUAGAAACACUUUAGGGGUAUGUACAAAGCACUAAGAGCCCAGCUCCUGAGGGCUUCUUCAGGCUGCAGGCCGCCAGGGAGCCACAGCCUGUCCUCUCUGUGGAAGAGUAGUAGGUCUAGUGAAUGUAUCCGCAAGUUCUUAGAAGUCAGCAAAACACCAAAAGUCUCCCAGAGUAGUACUUGGUGCUCUUACUUCCGCAUGCCUUGCAGGGUUAAGUAGGGAGGCGUGGAAGCAGGUACUGGGCUCUGGGCUCCAGGUAGAGGGUGCGGGUCCCAAAUGGGGCGGGCUGGCCUCCGACCCGGGGCCAGGGCCCUUGCCGGUCACGUGAGUGCGCGGGGAGGCCCCCCCCGGCUGAGGUGGAGCAGCAGAAGAGGCAGCGUAGAGUAGGAAACCGGGGCGGCAGCCCAGAGCAGCGGCGGUGGAAGACCUUGGCCAGCCCCUUGGCAGCAUCCGGCUGAGCUUUGGCCUCGGACAGCCAGGAAAUAGACGGGUUCCGUGCCUGGGUCCCAUCAGUGAAGAGCCUAAAGGGAAUAACAGCCGAGCCUCCUCCAGAGGGUGAAAUCAGCACAAUCCCCACGCCCUCCCCGUCGCCGUUGUCGUCGUCUCCCUCCCAGUAGGGCAGUGCAGGCAGCAUCCAGGGCCAGGGAGGGUUUCUUUGACCUGCUCUUCUAGACGCCGAGAGCAUUUUUAUGUGGAUGUCAAAGCAUCUUCUUGCCCCUGUAGCCCUUCUGAGAUUUCUAUGAGAUGCAUCAAAACCUUCCGAGUAGCACAGCGCCCCUUCUCUCUUCAUAGCAGAGACCCCGGGGGUCCAAGACCAGCCCCAAUGACCAAUUAUAAACAUUCACUGACCUGAGAAAAGAAGGUGCUGCUGCCAGUAAGAUUGAUGAUUCCAGGCAGCCAACAUGUCUCCUUCCCCUCCUUCCCAGGCCCCCAAACUCCACCGGCACUGGGCUCUGGCUGCCACAGCCGGCAUCCCAGCACCAAUGGGACUGGAACCUCCCAAGCCAGGCCGGCCUUCCCCUUGCUCAGCUUCUGACCUGACCUUGAGCCCUACAGGCUAGACAACAAUAAUCACAGCAGCUCAAAUUUCUAUAGUGUUUUGAGGUUUAGAAAGCGCUUUCCAAUAGUCAAAUGACCCCAGAGUUGCUGCUUUCUGAGCUCCUUAAAGGAUUCAGUGGCCAGUGUUUGUUUGGGGAUUUUUUUUUAAUUCUAUUUUUGUUUUUGAGGAGUAAGAAUGAAACCUGUUAUUUUCAGACCUUUCCAGGGUGGUCCAAGGAAAGUCCAAUUCCUCUGCCUCUUUGGCCUCUUGCAGUGUGGACUCCCUGCCCCUCGUGCCCAGCCAGCAUAUUUUAGAGGACCUGGGUACAUUUUAUGGGGCAGUUUGGCCCCUCUAGUCCCUUCGUGGGGUCUCCCCAGGGCAGUCUCAGCCAGGACUAUUAUAGAGUGGGAAAAAGGAAGGGGUACAGGAAAGAUACCCUGCCUUUUUCUUGAUGCAAUUUUCCAUUCUCCCAUGUCUAAUUCUUUGGUACUUUUCUUAGUAAACACUGCCUAGCAUCAAAGCAGAUAGACCCAGAAGCUAACUGCCCCUUCCCCAUCCCUGUGGAGUGGGACUGACCUUGGCCCAAGCAGGGACUCCGAGCCACCAGCAGGUGGUACAGGGGAUGGGAUGCACCCACCCACGGGCCUGGGCUGUGUCUGGCUCCUUCGCCUGGCCUACCCUUUCUGCUGUGAGGGACAGAGGAAAGAAAGAGAAGGGCGUUAGUCUCUAGUGAUUAAUUCAGAGAGGACACAAGGGGAAACAGGCUCCAGGGUUAAUUGUCCCAGAGACAAAUGGCACUAGCUAGCAGAGAAUGUGCAGCUGUACGGCACCCAGGAACACCUAUAGUAUCUCUUUUUCUGUACCAUAAUCUUCCUAGAAUUGCUGAUGCAGCUGAAACCAAUAGCAUCUUCAUAGAAUCUUGUGUGGGUUUAAAAGCACUGGUCCAUGCUUUGGCAUCUUAUACCCCGUCUGGCAUGGCUGCUUUAGCCUGUACUGGCUCCAGGCCCCCUCGGGUGACAUUGCUUUGUGCUCCAAUUGCUAGUAGGAGCCAUAGAGGAAGAGUUUGGGGUCUCAAUGUGAUACCUAGAGAAUGCUGCAGUCUGCGCACUAGACGCUUUUUAGAAGUUUUGAAAUUAACCUUUAUCUCCUCUUUCUUUUUUAAAUUGUUAUGAAAACAAACCUUUUUUUCUGGACUCUCUCUUCCCACAUGCUCUGUUACCUGGAGAGAGUUCUUUAUCCAAGUUCCUCCCCACCCUUUCCAAAUGUAUAAAUCAUUCUCCCCUACACCAGCUGAACAGAUGUCAAAAUUAAUAAAGAAAUGAACACAUA